UCUAUAAAAAAAUUGUCGAUUGUCUGUCUUUCGUUUUACAAGAUAUGAAAUUAGUCAAUUUAUAAUUAAACAAUAGCAGAAAAAAAUGGCUAGUAUAGAACUGGAUAUAUGGCGAGGAGAAUGGGGUCUCGCUUCGAUUGACUUAGAAUGUUUAAAAGUUUUAACUUAUAUGAAAUUUAUCGGCGUCCCAGUGCGUGUUCGAGAAGCUAACAAUCCAUUUUUCACUCCAAAAGGAAGGCUUCCAGUCAUGAGGGACGGUCGCACAGUGCUGACAUGUUUUGAAGAAGUUGUUGAUCAUUUAAAGUCACUGCAUUACAGCACAGACGUCCACCUAAAUACAAUGCAAGCAGCGGAAGCUAGUGCAUUCACACAGUACCUCCGAGACAAACUGUACCCUGCCUAUCAGUAUGCUUGGUGGGUGGACGAGAAGAAUUAUGCAGAACUCACUCGACCGGCCUAUGCCAGGGCUCUCCGUGUGCCUUUCAACUUUUAUUAUCCGUCUAGAUAUCAAAAUGCUGCUAAGGAGAUGAUAGACGCAUUAUACGGAGAGCACACAGACCUUAGAGAAAUAGAAAAAACAAUAUACAAUGAAGCAGAAAAGUGCCUUAAAACCUUAUCAGACCGGCUCGGGGAGAGUGAAUAUUUCUUCGGCAAUCGUCCAUCAUCGUUUGAUGCCACGGUGUUUGCGUACCUAGCGCCACUUGUUAAGGCACCUUUCCCUAACGCCACCUUGUCAAAUCAUGUGAAAGGAAUCUCGAAUUUGACAAGGUUUGUGGCUAGGAUUCAACAGAAGAACUUUAGACAAGUAACAGAUGAAUACAACAGAUUAAACGCCAAGAAGCACUCAACGGGAACACAGUCGGAAAGAGAGGCUGCCAACUUCCCGAACCAGACGCGGAAUAAAUUCCUGGCCGCGUUGUUCGCAGCUAUAGCCAUGACCGGGUACGCGCUAGCCAAUGGGAUGUUCCAAGAUCUGAAAGAUUUCGAACAUUCCGGUGACUACAGCGAGAUGUUUGAGAAUGACGAGGAGGACAACUGACGGCGCCUGCGCAGCUGAUCACGUGUACAUAGGACACGCGAUAUACACAUGAUAUAGAUUGAACUUCAAAUUAUAGCUUGACCAGAAAUAAAGCAUACGUCGCCAUUGCGUAUUAAAAAGUGAAUAAAAAUAUUAAGCUGCCAAAAGUGAACAUAACCCAACGCUAUUAGAUAGUCAGCCUUGUUUAUGACGCCUCUUAUAACUAUACGUCGCCUUAAUAUUUGACAAUAGUGGAUAUGAUAUAACAAUUUGGUGUUGCUCUAUGAAGAGCGGAACUACCGCCCUCUUUGACAGAUCUGCUAUAUUUCUUGUCAAGCUUUAAUUCGGAGAAAGUUUUAGUUAAUAUUAUCUCCAAUUGGAAUGGAGAAUGUUUUAAUAAUUUAUUGCUCGCGACUCUCAUGUCUGCGGGUUCAGGUUGCAUUCUCAUCUGUUGCGCUUACGUUUUUUAGGGGCCGCUAUUUUAAUUUAUUACCUUUUAUUUUUUAUAUAGCAGGUAGCACAUUUAUAUUUUGUACUAACUUUUGUCUGCGUGGUUUCUUGUUUCGUUUAUUGCAAAUGUAGCCUAUGUUCUUCCUUAGGGUCAACUCUAUCACUGUUCCAAAUUUCAUCGAUUCGACGGCCUCUGUGGCGCAGCGGCAGUACGCUUGUCGGAGGCCGGAGGUCCCGGGUUCGAAUCCCGGCCAGGACAUGAUGAGAAAAGAACUUUUUCUGAUUGGCCUGGGUCUUGGAUGUUUAUCUACCUAUAUAAGUAUUUAUUAUAAAAUAUAGUAUCGAUGAGUUAGUAUCUCGUAACACAAGUUUCGAACUUACUUCGAGGCUAACUCAAUCAGUGUAAUUUGUCCCGUAUAUAUUUAUUUAUUUAUUAUUUAUCAAAAUCUUUCACUUCAGCGGUUGGCGUAAUAGACCGAGUUAUUUUAGCAUAGUUUGUUUGUUUGUAAUAUCUUUAUUGCAUAGAAAUUUACACAGUAACAAGAAAAUAGUAAGUACAUAGUUAUAAAAGAAACAAAUCACUUGCAAUGGCGGACUCAUAGGGAUUAAUCAAAUUAUCAUCAUAGCUACUGUUUGCCAAAAUUGAUUUUUUUUUGUGAACACAUAUAGUAAGUAUGCAACCUAGACACGCCAGGAUGAAGAGAGCAUGUUGAGAACGUAUUGCUUGAAAUGUGUUUGAGUAAACGGGGGUUUAAUUUUGUAGUUACACUAAAUAUAACAAGGGAUAACUGCAUUUUUGGUAAUUAUGGUGGGGCCCGUACUUCAAAGCGGACUGACAGCGAACACACCACCUUAUAACGGAAUCCUAGCACUAGUAAGAUAUAUUAAAAAUGUUAUUCAUCAAUUUACCUUUAUAUACUGCUACAGAGCAGUAAUUGUAUAACAUGACGAUGGAUCAAUUAUUAUUACGCAUAGAUUCGUAGACCAAAUAAAUAUAUAAAUAGCGAACCAAAAUGCAGCUAUCUCUUAUGCUUUUAGUGACUAGUCUAGAUUUAGUAAACGUGGCGCCAAAGUAACGGCUAGAUUUUGUUCACGUGACUGAACUACCAAAUGUUAUGUGAUGAGUCUAUUAUAUAUAUAACGAUGGUUUAUCGUUAAUAAGUACUUGUUAUUGUAGAAACCUAAAUCGUGGUGGGCUAUUAAAGACAUUCGAUCAACUAUUAUACUAAAUUGACAGAUGCGAACGAAAAAAGACAUCUUACUUUUAUUCGCCAAUACAUACAAUUCAAUAAGGUAUCUUAAUAUUUUGCAUAUAAAACUCUGUGCAGAGUUCUAAUUUGAGGAAUCUGUACUUUAUCGUAACAUUAUAAGAUCUAUUUUAUUACAUUUCAUUAUUACAUUAUUCCAUUUCAUUACGAAUAUGUUUGUUUGUUUUGGACAUUCUUUCAGCGGAAUUGUGGGUUUAGUUGUUUAUAGUAUGUCUAUGUUAAAGACAAACACUUUAAAAACUUAAGCACACACACUCUACACAAGCACAUACACUCAUACACUUUGGCCCAUCUUUUGGGAUUGAAAUCUAAAUUAUUGCAAAGUUGCACAAUUGGUUAUUUAUUUAGUAGUUUGUUUAUUUAUUUAUUACUUAUAUAUAUUUAUGUAGGAUUAUUAUUGGGACCCAUUUUUUAUCUUUAUUUAAAUGCAGCUUUCUGAUUGGCCCACAAAUAUUGUAAAUAAAGCAAAGUUUAAUUCUUCUGCGGGGUUUUCUAUACUUAUACUUAAUAAUAAACGUUCUAAGGGUCUAUGUAUAUGCGCAUUUGAAGAUAUAUGUAUGUUUACUUUCAUUAAGUUAAAUCUAAGAUGCCGAUUUCGUAAUAUAUGUGGGGCCAUAGUACGACUUAACUAAAACACCCUUACUGGUAUUACACAAAUCUCGAAUUUGCUUUGCGGCUAGCUCAUUCCGUGAAAUUUGUUCCAUAUAAAUAUAUUUAUUAAUAUAUACACUAUUUAACCAAUUAUUACGGAAUCAGCUUUUUAUAAAUAGUCGCCAAUAGCAGGUCAUAGUAGUUUUAGUUAUUCCUUGACCUAUACAUGAGACCACGGCUCAGAUUUUUUUGUAGGCUCAAGGCUCAUAUUUUAAUGGUAACAAUAAUUUUAACGAGGUAAAGACGUGUGGUUGUAUUAGUUUGCGGAGCGCUUUGUAUUUCUACGUCACAAGACUUUUGUUCCUAUGAAUGAGAAUUGUUUUAAUUUAUUCGAUGCAUGAAUAAAUAAUUAUGACUUGUUGGAU